GCCAAACAGUUUUCAAUUUUUCCUAUAACUUGUAAUUAAUGAAAACAAGAAUAUUUAUUUAUUUUUUCUCGAACGUAUUUAUAUGAUAAAAGAAUUUGCGAUAUGGAGCAAAAAAGCCACUCUACUGAAGAGGCAGAAAUGUUAGCAGAAUGCCAAUAUGUGAAAUUGACCCAGGAACAGCAGAGCAAUCUUUACAAACUAAAAUUAAAUUUUCUGAAAGACAACCACAGGUAUUUAAAGGAACAUCCAGAAAUAAAAACUUUGAUUAACAUUUUACUGUACGCCGUAAUAAAGGCACGUCCGGAAGACAAAUCUGUCCAAGAAUUUUUGGCCGAAUUUUUGCAGGAUAAUUAUGACAUUGUCUGGAAAUUACUCUACAAAACCGAACAAAUGGACGGGAAUCAGAGGGUAUCGCGAGUGCAUCAAGAUGAGAUUAAGAAAGCGCUGAAAGAAAAGCUAUCUGAAAUAUCCUAUCGCAAUAGAGAGGAAUCCUUGAAAGAGAAAACACCCUUUGAAUUAUCAUCACCUGCCGCACAAAAAUUCGAACUUCCCAAGGAAGAUGAUUUCUUCGUUCCGUUAUCUUAUGAUAUUCUAAAUGAAUUAAACGAUUGA